CGAAAAGAUGUUGGCCCCACGGAAGGUCCUGCACUCGACGCCAGUGGGCGUGAUCGAGCAGGCCUUUUCGCUGGCCCAAGUGAACGGCAGCGACGUGGUGUGCGACGUGGGAUGCGGUGAUGGCCGAGUGCUGCUGUAUGCCGCCAGCAGUCUCCACGUGGCCCGAUGCGUGGGCAUGGAAAUCGACGCAGACCGCGUGUGUCAAAUCAACGAAGCCGCCAAGCGACUUGGCGUGGACGACAGAGUAACUAUUUAUUGCGGCAACGCGCUCGAUAUGGACUUGGACGACGACGUGACUGUGAUCUUUCUGUUCCUCAUCGAACGAGGGCUGCGGCAGAUCUUCCGCAAGCUGCUCGCGUGCACGUCCAAGCUUCGACACAAGGAAUUGCGCAUUGUCACUUAUUUAUACAGGGUCCACGUCAUGGAUCCGUACAUGGUGUCCAGCCAGUUUUGCCCCAUCGACCCGCCAGGCACCAGCGACGCCGCGUUCCCCAUUUACCUGUACAAGUUGCCUCCUCUAACGACUUAGCCGUACAGUAACUAACGUAACUAACGUAACUAACUACUACUCCAACGAGCGACACGUGUUAAACCAAUUUUGGCAGCGACGCCGU